AUGUCGGUGUUCGGUCUUCGAUGCCCAGUGCCAGGCCCGGUGUCCGAUGUCCGGUUCCCCGUGCCGAUUCCCGGCUCUCAGUGCCCGGUUCCUGGCGCCGAUUCCAGGCUCUCCGUGCCCGGUUCCAGGAUCUCAGUGCCCGGUUCCCAGUGCCGGUUCCAGGCUCUCAGUGCCCGGUUCCCGGAUCUCAGUGCCCGGUUCCGGUGCCGGUUCCCGGUGCCGGUUCCCGGCUCUCAGUGCCCGGUUCCGGUGCCGGUUCCCGGCGGGUCGGGGCCUCCCGCCCGCGGCCGCUGCCAAGUCCCGCGCGGGGCCCGGAGCGGCGGGGGCGGGAGCGGGGGGCGUGUCCCGCGGGCGGAACCAGCCAAUGGCGGCGCGGGGCUUGCUACGAAGCAGCCAAUGGGAGCGCUCGAAUGGGGCGUGGGCGGGGCCUGGGCGGGCGCGUCCCCGUGGGUCCCGCGCGCGUGGGCCGGCGCCGAGCCCUACUUCGUGCACGCCGUGGAAUGGAGGAGCCACGUCUACUUCUUCUUCCGGGAGAUCGCCAUGGAGUUCAACUACCUGGAGAAGGUGGUGGUGUCACGGGUGGCCCGGGUGUGCAAGAACGACAUGGGGGGCUCGCAGCGGGUGCUGGAGAAGCAGUGGACGUCCUUCCUCAAGGCCCGGCUCAACUGCUCCGUGCCGGGCGAUUCCCACUUCUACUUCAACGUCAUCCAAGCCGUGACGGACAUCCUGGAGCUGGACGGGCGCCCCGUGGUCCUGGCCGUGUUCUCCACGCCCGCCAACAGCAUUCCCGGCUCCGCCGUCUGCGCCUUCGACAUGACCCAAGUGGCCGCCGUCUUCGAGGGACGGUUCCGGGAGCAGAAGUCACCCGAGUCCAUCUGGACACCUGUGCCAGAGGACAUGGUGCCAAAGCCACGGCCCGGGUGCUGCGCCUCCCCGGGGAUGCGCUACAACUCCUCCAGCGCCUUCCCCGACGAGAUCCUCAACUUCGUCAAGACGCACCCGCUGAUGGACGAGGCGGUGCCGGCCCUGGGCAACGCCCCCUGGAUCCUCCGCACCAUGACCCGGUACCAGCUGCGUAAGAUCGUGGUGGACACGGCAGCGGGGCCGUGGGGAAACCACACCGUGGUGUUCCUGGGCUCCAGCACCGGCACCGUGCUCAAGUUCCUCAUCCUGCCCAACGCCAGCAGCAGCCCCGCGCCCGCCGCCCCCGGCAGCCAGAGCGUCUUCCUGGAGGAGUUUGAGACCUACCAGCCCGGGAAGUGCGGCCGGGACACGGAGGACGAGCGGCGGCUGCUGGGGCUGGAGCUGGACAAGGCCGCGGGGUCGCUGCUGCUGGCCUUCCCCCCGUGCGUGGCCAGGGCGCCCGUGGCUCGCUGCCAGCAGCACUCGGGCUGCAUGAAGAACUGCCUGGGGAGCCGGGAUCCCUACUGCGGCUGGACAGCCGAGGGCUCCUGCGCCUUCCUGGAGCCCAGUCCCAGGGUGGCCUUCGAGCAGGACAUCGCCGGCGGCAGCACGUCCCACCUGGGCGAGUGCGAGGGGCUGGUGACGGAGAGCUUCGUGGACGAGCCGGACGGGCUGGUGUCCGUGAACCUCCUGGUGAUCUCCUCCGUCGCCGCCUUCGUCAUCGGCGCCGUCAUCUCGGGCUUCAGCGUGUGCUGGUUCAUCGGGCACCGGGACCGCAAGGAGCUGGCGCGGCGCAAGGACAAGGAGACGAUCCUGGCGCACAGUGAGUCGGUGGUGAGCGUCAGCCGCCUGGGCGAGCGGCGGGCUCGCGGAGCCCUGCUGGCCCCGCUGAUGCCCAACGGGUGGCCCAAGGAGCUGGGCAAGGUCGCCCAACACGACCUGGACUCGGGGGUGCUGCCCACGCCGGAGCAGACCCCGCUGCAGCAGAAACGCUGCCCCGGCUCCCUCCAAAACUGCACCUGGGAGCAGAGUCACAACAUCAUCAACGCGGCUUUGCGGGACCCUGGAGGCUCCGGGCCCGCGGGCGCCGGGCGGGGGCACGGCGGCUCCGGCCGCCCGCCGCGGGGCAUCCCCCUCUCCUGCCACGCCAUCCUGGUGGACCAGGAGCUGGAGGCCGAACUCAGCGACUCCUCAGGCGACGGGCAUUGGGGUCGGGACCCUCCUGAGGGUCCCCGCGCCCGGCAGCACCCACCCGCCGGCGCCCGCCGCCAGCCCCGCGGCUCCUACGGCGACUUCGGCGGGACGCCGCGCCCCAGCCCCGAGCGCCGGCGGGUGGUGUCGGCACCCAGCGGGGACGGGGGAGACUUUAGCGAGGGGCCUCCCUGGCACCCCGAGCAGCUGAACUUCAACGCCAACAACGGCACGGGCCGCCCCGGCGCCCACCUCAAGAGGAACCACACGUUCAACAGCGGCGAGGCGGCGGCUACGGGCGGCUACGGGCGGCGCGGGGCGGCAGCGCGGGCAGCCCGGGCACCGGGCACCCCGAGGCCGCUGACGGACCUGCACCACCUCCUGCGCUACGGCGUGGAGCGGACUCCCUCGGGAAAAUAGGGCGCCGGGCUGUGCGCGUCCCCCUCGCCAGGACACUGAUGGGACCCCCGGCUCCCUGGGGACAGGGAGGGGCGGCCGGGCAGGAGCUGCGGGCAGGGGGUGAGGUGCUGCAUGGCUGAGGAGGGGGGCACAGGCACCCCCUGGGUGCCCCCGGGUAGGGUUUGGGGGUGUCCCCGGCUGGCGUGGGGCAGUGCCCUGCGCGCUCCCGCUGCUUUGUCCCGGCUCCUGGGCGGGGGCGCGCCCACCGUGUCCCCUCCCCAGGCCGGGCCCGGGGCUGGCAGCGCCCUGGGAGGGGGAUCCCUGGGGGGCGGCGGGAUGGACACACGGACGCGGGCACUGGGCUGUGCCCCCAGGCCCUGGGGGGGCCUUUUGGGUGCUGCCAGCCCCCCGGGGACACACGGCCGGGGGUGCUCCGGUUGCGGUGGUGGAACCCGGAGAACAUUUCGGGUGCUGGGGGCUGGGGGCCCCCCCGAAUGUGGCGUUAUCUGGGGAUGGGGCGCGCUCCCACCCCCAGUCUGGGGUCGACCCCUCCCCAGUGCCAGCCUGGGGGUUGCCCGUCCUUGCCCCCGGCUCCCCCUCCUGGAAAGCACAGCCGGGGUCGGGGGGGGUCCCCACCGAGCCCACUCUCUGCUGGCAAAGGGUGCCCUUUCGGUGCCACCCCUGCCCGGCACCCACCCGGGGUGGCGUGUCGCGGGGGAGUGGCGGGUCCCCGGGGGAUGGCGGGUCCCCAGGGGGUGGCAGGCUGUAAAUAGGGCAGGGGGCGGCGGGAGCCCCCCCCCCCUCCCCAGCGG